AUGGUUUCGUAAAAACUGACGCUUUGCUGCCCCAUGUUAUAAAAUUAUUAAAACAGCAACAGUUAUGAAAAUGGCGGAUGGGCCUGAUAUUGACUUAUACGCUGACGAUAUUGAACAAGAUUUUGCUCAGGAUGAAUUCACUGGCGAAGAUGUUGACUUAUACGAUGAUGUGAUAGCUGCAACUCCUAGUGGAGGUCAAGAUGAUGGUGUAGAAGCAAAUCAUCCACAUUCUGGUCCACCACCGGCCGGUGGUGAAGAUACAAAUGGCGCUCCACCAUACCAUCAACUUGGUAACAAUAUACAACCAAAUACGAUUGGUCGAAGGUAUCAAUUAUACAUUGGAAAUUUAUCGUGGUGGACAACCGAUCAAGAAAUAACAGACGCCGUUGCCGAAAUUGGUGUCACUGAUUUUAUGGAGGUAAAAUUUUUUGAAAAUCGUGCUAAUGGUCAGUCUAAGGGUUUUUGUGUAAUAUCUUUGGGAUCUGAACCAAGUAUGCGAUUAUGUAUGGAACACUUACCAAAGAAAGAACUCCACGGACAAAUUCCUGUUGUAACCUUACCUACAAAACAAGCAUUAAAUCAAUUUGAAAGUCAGUCUAAAACUCGACUUUCUACCCCUAAUCCCGGCCCCAGGGGUCCACACCCCGGGGCCGUUCCAACUCACCAAAAUCCUAAUAUUCCUCCAGGUCCUCACCAACAAAACCCGAAUGCCCAGCGGAUGAUGAUGGGACCACCACAAGAUGUACGAGGUCCAGUUCCACCACCUGGUAUGCCACCAGGAGGAAUGGGUGGACCACCACCAAGAAUGCAAGGGCCGCCAAUGCAAGGACCUCCUCCAGGACAAAUUAUGCCACCGAAUCAAGGACCUCCAAGAUUUCCACAACAACAAUGGAAUCCUAAUGGUCCUCGACCAAAUGGUCCACCAAGACCACCGGGUCCGCCUCAGGGUCCACCACAAGGUCCACCUCAACAUCGUCCAGGAAUGCCUUUCCAGGGAAAUCUUCAGGGAACAAAUUUGACUAUUCACCUUAAUUCAAGACCGCGUCCGGAAUGGAAUCGUCCACCGAUGCAUCAAUUUCCACCUCAUGGACAAGCUCCACCACAUAUGCAAGGACCACCUCGAGGUCCUCCAAUGGGAGGUCCACCACGUGGACCACCAAUGGGUGGUCCUCCACCGGUACCUCAUGGACCACCACAAGGCCCACCUCAAGGACCUCAUGUUGCUCCAGCACCGCAUGUUAAUCCAGCAUUCUUCCAACCAGGUGGAGGGCCACCGCAUCAACAAGGAAUGCAACAUCCAGGAGCCCCACAACAACAUGGGCCGCCAUUGGGACCACCUCAUGGUCCUCCAAUUGGAAUUCCACAUGGAGCUACAAAUGGACCACCACACGGACCUCCACAUGGAUACGGACCUCCAACUGGGCAAUCUCCUUACGGAGCACCCACUGGUCCCGAACAUCGUGGUGAAACAACAACGGUUUCUGAACAAGAAUUCGAGGAUAUUAUGGGACGUAAUAGAACAGUUUCCAGUUCAGCAAUAGCACGUGCAGUGUCCGAUGCCGCUGCGGGAGAUUAUGCCGGCGCGAUAGAAACACUUGUCACCGCUAUAUCACUAAUCAAACAAUCGAAAGUAGCUAACGACGAUCGCUGUAAAAUAUUGAUUAGCUCCUUACAAGAUACAUUGCAUGGCGUGGAAGCGAAAAGUUAUGGUUCUGGGCGACGUGAUAGGUCCAGGUCACGUGAUCGCUCACAUCGUCGACGUGAUCGACGUGAACGAUCUGCUUCGAGGUAUCGAGAGCGUAGUAGAGAUCGUGAACGAGAACGUGAUCGUGAUCGUGAACGUUAUUAUGGUGAAAGUUAUAAUCGAGAAGGUCGAGAACCUAGAGAAAGAUCACGCAGCCGUGGUGAACGAGAAAGAGAACGUGAUUAUAGAGACAGAAGCCCUGAAGAUAGAGCCGUACGCCCAAGAAACAAAUCACCACCAGAAACACCGGAAGUACCAGCAGAAGCACCUCCAUCAAAAUCACGAAAUUAUUACGAAGAACGUUAUCGUGAACGUGGUGAUCGGGAACGCGAACGAGAACGUGAUCGAGAUGCUGGCACACGAAGAGAAUCAGAUCGUGAUAGAGAACGUGAUCGAGAGAGGGAUACACAUCGUUCCCGUCAUUAAAAUUCGUUAAUGAAUUUUCUAUUAAUAGAAAAUAAUUGCAUUUGUUUUCAUUUUUCCAAAUGAAAAUUUUCAAAAUACUUUCCCCCCUCGAUAGGUUUUAUCUUUUGAGUGUUCUAAUUUUCAUUCAUAUACAUAUAUUUGAUUCUUAACUAUGUAUAAACAUUUCCAUUUGUUUUUCAUUUUUUCUUCGAUGAAAAAUAUACUUCACAAAUUUUAUUUGUAGGACUUAGCUGAUUUGAUCAUGCGUAUUAUAUAAAUAAUAUAUUGUAUUUGUAUUUAGACCCUUGUGCAUUUAUCAAAAUAAGAUUUUUUUAUUAGGUCGUUUUUUAAAGUCGAUAAAAUUUAUCGAUACCAGUCAAGGGCAAAACUUUAGGUUUACACUGAGAGCAUGCUUAGUCUGUAACUUUUAACUUGACAUAUUUUUUGUUUUUUUAAACACACAUAAUUUUGAUUUUAUUUUAUUAUCUUCAUUUUUAACACCUAGCUUUAGUAGGGACUGAUACUUGAGAAGAGAUUAAAUGAAAACAUUUCCAGGGCCUAGUCAGUUAAUAUAAAUUUGGAUCAUGUUGAAUAAUAGCCUUUUCAACAGAUAUCUAAACUUAAAACGUACUUCACACCCUUUAAUGUUCGAACUUUUAGAAAUGUUAGAAAACUAGCCUUGCCUGCUUGGAUUUUGAUAUUAUUUAAUUGCAAUUUUAAAAGUAAAAAAAGUAUUAAGAUUUAAGGGAUCGGUCAGAUGUAAUGUUUCUCGAGAGUUAUUAAAAAGAUGGUAUUAAACUACGAAAAAUUAAUUCAGUAAUAUUGAAGUUUUAAAUCCAGGAAAAACCUGAUAAAACCGAAAAACUGAUUUAUAUUGGAAACCGAAGCAAGCUUAUCUUUAUCAUUUUUCAAGUUUUUAAGAUCGACGCAGACCAUUUACUAUUCAUCUUAGUACCUACUGUGUAACUAUUUUGUGAUGAUUUUUCGCUAUCGUUAGAGGCAUAGUUUAGACAAUGAUUGUUAUCAUCAUCUAAAUUUAACUUCCAACGAUAGUUUUAGCGUUUGUCAUCACAGAGUAACCACAAGAUAUAUGUACUGGUAGAGGCGGAUUAAGAGUUUUGAAAUAUUUUGAGAGAUAUAAAAUAUUCUGAUUUAAAAAAACUAUGUUAUUAAAUAUAUCAAAUGAAAGGGUUGUUUGAUGAUCCUACAACUUCAAGCAUCUACAAUCGUAGAGGUGUAACUGACAAAGGUCAUACCUAAAAUUAUGCCGACACUAAAAAUUUUUACUUAUUUUGAUAUAUGUGCGAUUAAUUUAGAUUUUGUGGAAUCACCUUUAAACAAAUCAAAAAUUGUCAUGCAUUAUUAUAUUAUAAACAAGAGAAAAAAAAACAUUUAUUUGUAAUCCCGCAGCUUGAAAUCUGACAGAAGAAAGAAGAUGAAAGAAGAUUGUAAUAAUUAUAUUAAAACCAAGUUGCAAAAAACCAACAUUUCAGUAUUUUAUUUAUAUAUAA